UGCAGCGAGGCAGUCAGUGCGCCUGAAAGAGCGAGAGAGAGCCACAAACUGUCAGAGAAGAGCAGAGUUUGCGCUCCCUGAUUUUCCACUGCUUUCCCUCGUCUCCACAUUUGCGAGGAGAGGAAAGAAAAAAGAAGGAAGCAUUGAGAUCAGCACGUGUGUUUUCAGUUUUUUUAAAUUCUCUGUGACCCCUCGAGUUCAGAGAGAUCCUUAAUGACUUCAGGCUACUCACAAACCUGAGGCCAAUAUUUCUUGCUCUUAACUUCCUCCCAUCUUAACCAUACCCAUACUGGAUUUAGGGAGUGAGCGGGCAGUAGGCGGGUGCCAGGAGGCGCCCGGCCCGUGCGUGUGGGCCGGUGUAGCGCUGGAGUGGGUGCAGGGGAACUGGACUGCAGGGCCGAGUGGGAGCGCUGGUCCUGGCGACGGUCCCGAGGGCGAGGAGGCCGGCUCAGGCUCCGGGUUCGGGUCGGGGUAUGGUGGCGCAGAGUGGGCCGAGGGUGGAGCAAUGCUGAGCGCGAUCUGGGAGACAGAGGGGCUGCAGACGGUGGGCAUCGUGGUGCUGGUGUUCGCUUCGAUCAAGCUGCUACACCUCCUGGGGCUCAUCAGCUUCUCAGAGGACAGCGUUGAAGAUGAGCUUGAACUAUCUGCAGUCCGUCAUCGCCCCGAGGGCCUGGAACAGCUUGAAGCCCAGACACGUUUCUCCCGCAAGGAACUACAGAUCCUUUACCGCGGCUUCAAGAAUGAAUGCCCCAGUGGAGUCGUCAACGAAGACACUUUUAAAGACAUCUACGCGCAGUUCUUCCCGCAAGGAGAUGCUUCGACAUAUGCACAUUUCCUGUUCAAUGCAUUUGACACAGAUCACAAUGGCUCUGUGAGUUUCGAGUUUCAGCAGUUUCAAAAGGAGGAAGCCCUGUCCAGCACUGAAGUCUCCUACAGAACUACAUCAAACGAUUUUGUUAUGGGCCUUUCUAUCCUCCUGCGAGGCACAAUCCAGGAAAAACUCAACUGGGCUUUCAACCUGUAUGAUAUCAAUAAAGAUGGAUAUAUCACUAAAGAGGAAAUGCUAGACAUCAUGAAGGCCAUCUACGACAUGAUGGGGAAAUGCACAUACCCUGUCCUUAAAGAGGAGACUCCUCGUCAGCAUGUAGAAGUAUUCUUUCAGAAGAUGGAUAAGAAUAAAGACGGAGUGGUAACCAUAGACGAGUUCAUCGACUGCUGCCAAAAUGAUGAAAACAUCAUGCGAUCAAUGCACCUCUUUGAAAAUGUUCUUUAACUUUUGGCUGACUGUGGAGGCUUUGGAAGAGAACAUCAUCUUUUUAGCUUGGCCCAAUAACUGACUUGGACUCAUACUGUGUACAGAGUGCUAUGCAGACUUUUGACCGUAGAUAAAAUAUUGUUCAUUACUGUGGGCCACAAGUAGGAGUAGGCAAUAUGGUGUGAACACUCUGGAAUGAGUUGCCUUUUGAACAUUUUAUUGAAUAAGUUGUAGAAUUUUGUGACAUAAAAAAAACAAACAGAAGGGGGGUGAGGGGGUUUGAAGCUAUAGGCUCUGUUGAAUUUUCAAAGUGAAACCAUCUCAACUUUAAGGUUGAUUUCCACCACUUUCUAUUUGCUGAACACCGAGUUCUGCAUACUGUGUUAGCCUGCGGUAUUAUAAACUCACAGGAAAAAAAAGACAUGUCUGAUGAAGGGGUUUAGACCGGUUCCUUCUAUCUGUGUUGCAGCCUUGACUUGUUUUAUUUACUGCCAGGUGAAAUCACUGUGACUUUUUACAGUAUCAAAAACUAAAAAAAACAAAAAAACUGAACAAAAUAUCUGAUGUCUCUGUUUUGACAUUCCAGACUGGCUCUCAAUUCCAGAGUGUUCUUACCCCCGACUUAGUUAACCAUUGUGGCGUCUUUUUGCUCUUUUGAAGGGAGCAUUUAGAGAAAAAAACAUAUAUCGUACCAUUUUCAAUUGUAUAUACUAUAGAUAAAACAUUAGAUAAGAACUCUUAGACACUUUUCAACUUGGUUCAUGUUUACUUGCCAACUAGAAUGAGACAACACAAGGAUUGUAUUGAUGUCAAAACCGGACCAUAAAUUGAUGGUUUGUCUACAGAAGCACACAUUAUUUACCAUGAGUAUAACGUUAGACAUCGAUAUCUUUGUCAUAAGAUAAAUGCUGCUUUCAGUGUAUUUCAUUUAACCCUAUGUAUGUAUAUUCCCUGUAAAGUAAACCAUCUAUCAAUAUGUUUUUUUGUUUGUUUUUGAAGCACUGUGUAGGAGUUUACAGUAAGAGCAGUGCUUGAGGUUAUUUAUAUGCUAUUAUGGUCAUUGUAUAAAAGAUUGGCAGUUGUACAGCAUUAAAUGAAAGUUUGCUCUUUAGAUUUGUUGUUUAGAUUUGUUGAUAUAAUUCACAGAAAGAGCAGUGGGGUUUGGUUGUUGAUACGAACACUGUAACUUUGUAUUAUACUCAUCAUUUUUGGGUUGUCUGCUAAUACACUUCCUGCUGUUUCCCUCCUUGUCGUCCUGCGGGCUCAAGUCUAGCUGCCCACACCAAUUUAGCCUGAUUGGUUCCUGCUGCCUGUGAUUAAAGCAUUGCUUGGCCCCAAAUGUGAGCAAACACAAGGCAUGCUGGGUAAAAGUAUCACUCACUGACUUCCUCUUGCUCAUUGGAAACUACUGGAUCACUGAGAGAAGGCUCUGGACAUUAUGUUAGUAAGUUGCAAUAUGACUUCUUUUUCACAAUGACUUGGAUAUUGGAUACAGGAAGAAUCCAUCAAACCAGCUACAUACUUGAGAAUUGGUUGAUUUGUUUGUUUUUUUUUUGGUGAAUACUUUGCAGCAUUUUGACAGUUUAUCAUGUCAUUUUUCGUUCAAAGUGUUCAUCCAGUAUGUCUCUAUCUCUACUCUGUAUUACUGGGAGUUGUAGUCACAAAUGUAAAAAUCUCCUCAGUGAGGCAUGUUGCUCAUCCAUUCGUUUAGUAAAGAAAAUGGCACAGUUGUAUUCUUUUAUAUAUGUUACUGGAGAUGAUGUGUAUAUUUCCAUCAAAAAAAGCAUCAAACUUGCCAUUUUUUCCGUUGAUUUGUGUUUGUGUGCCUUACUGUUUGUAAAAUGUUGUUUUAUGUUUGGUUGACGUUUUUAUUCUCAGAUGAUUAUGAACUGAUGAAAGGUGUCCCCAGGUAUCCCAGUGGAUGCAGAAACGUACUUUCUGAAAAUAACAAAGCAUUUCUACAUUUCUUCUGUAAAUAAUGUCCAAAGCUCCAGGGUCAGCUAUCUCUGACAAAAGUGAAAAAAUAAACGAUACACCUCAAACUUCCAAA